UUCUGAUAUACUUGGAUCAACUUUUAUGAUCGAUAAUGAAGUUCUUGGACUUAUUGUACCAGUAACACCAAGCAUAGGUUUAUCAGAAUCUUCACAUUAUUGGAUCGAUUAUGUUAAGGAUACUGUCACAAUUCACACUGAAAUUAAUGAUGAAACUUUAUUCAAAAUGCGAGGAGAUUAUGAACACAAAAAAAUUGGAGCACGAAAAAUUAAACGUGAUCCUUUUUAG